AAAAUGCUCAAAAUCCCAAUAGUAGCUGUUUUAAAGCAAAGCACAUGAACCCAGAAUGGUUGGACUCUACUUUUAUUUAACCAGUCUCCCAUGCUUCAGCUCUGCCCAAACGAAAGGAUCCUAGAUUAAUAGGUUACCCUCCUUGAGCUUGCUAAUUAGUUGAGAAGUGGAGCACGUGGGACGGUUUGGCAGCCGGCCCAAGGCUUUCCUUCCUGGAUUGGCCAUGGCCCUGAAGGUGAGGGGGCACACCCAGGCUGAGACUUCCUGCCUGGACUUGCAGUUUGGGAAAAUGUCAUAGGGGUGGAGUCGGGUCUCGGUGAAAAGGAAGCAGGGGUGGGACCUUUCUCGCCCCCACCUUCCCGAUCUCAACAACUUGGCUGAGCAACGAGACUGAAAAAGGCCGGAACCCUUCCGAGUUGAAGGGGCUCAAGGAGGUCACAACCAAAUCUGAAUCUAUGCACCCUACCAUGUCCUUCUGCCUUCACCCGCGCUGCAUUCUCCUGGCAGCUGUGACAUUCUUGUGCAUCUGGGCCAUCUUCUGUCCCUCUGAGAUAAGGAAGGAGCUCUCCUGCACUCCUCUAAUGCCAGCUCCAGCUGCACCUGUGCCCCCACUCUCCUUGCCUCACCUUCUGAUCCCUAACAUAGGAGUUUGCACAGGUCUUGGUUCCCCACUUUUCCUUCUGAUUCUGGUGAGCUCCGCGCCUGACCACCAAGAGCAGAGAGAUGCCAUUCGAGCCUCCUGGGGGGCUCUGCAGGAGAUCCAGGGCUACUUGGUCCGGACACUCUUCAUGCUGGGGGAACCCAGUAACAGUCCUUUGGAAAACAUUAAAGAAGUAUUGAAACAGGAAGCACAGGUUAAGGGGGAUAUUGUGCAAGCUGCUUUCAUGGACUCCUAUCGAAACCUUACUCUAAAAACUCUAAGUGGGCUGGCAUGGGCAGCCCAGUACUGCCCUGAUGUCCAUUACGUCCUCAAGACUGACGAUGAUGUCUACAUCAAUGUCCCAGGGCUUGUGGCUGAGCUUAAGCAACGAGGAAACGACCUGAAAAAGGACUGGCAACAGAGAUAUCUCGACAGAGAUGGAACUGCUGCCCGUAGCCCGAAUCUUCCUGUACCCUACCUGUACCUAGGCCAUAUUCAUCGGAGAGUCUACCCUUCCCGGUCGGAGUACAGCCGGCACUGGGUAUCAGAGGUGCAGUGGCCUUCUGCCCGGGGUCCCUUCCCACCCUAUGGCUCAGGCACUGGCUAUGUGUUAUCAGCCCCAGUCCUGCGGCUGAUUCUGAGGGCAGCUGGGGGUGUGCCUCUGAUACCAGUAGAGGAUGUCUUUAUCGGGGUGAUUGCCAAGAGGGUGGGGGUUAUCCCCACCCACAGCAUACGGAUAGCAGGUGCCUCCCGCUACCCCAUCGACCGAUGCUGCUUUGGGAGGAUCUUGCUAACCUCUCACCAUAUUGAACCCUGGGAGAUGAAGGAUAUCUGGGAGCUUGUGAAGAGUUCCUCAGGGAAUAGGCCACUCUGCUCCUGGCUCCAAGAAGCCUUGGGAAUGCUAAGAUGUUGGGUGAUUCACCACUGGCAUUUUUGACACCUCAUAAGAGCUAAGGUGAGCUUGAGAUGUCAAGAGGGGAUUAGAAGAGGUUGGGGGUCUCAGCCCCGUCCCACAUUCUAGAGCUGGAAAUGAUCAGGAGAGGGCUCAGAUCAGUGAGCUAGUUGGGCCCUGAUCAGCUGGGAAGAAAAGCCUUCCUCCCUUUCCUGAGAUGGUCGGAGGGGACAGUUGAGACUGUCUCCCAGGGUGUAGUGCCUUUCUGCAGGGGCAGGAGGUGAUAGCUAUUCUUCUGUGAAUUAGUAAAGCCUCCUUGUUUUCUUCAUCUGCGUGUAUUGUAUUAUGAGACUACAGUAAGAAAACUAAUGUGACCUGAGGUUGCAUUAAGUGAUGUCUAAGACUAGGAGAUAAUAGUCCAGCUAUAAACUGGUCUGCCCAGACCACAUCUGAAACAUUCUAGAAACCACCCAAUCAGCUGGAAAGAGCAGGCCUGUUACUGUCCUAUGGGAAGAUGAAGCUAGUAAGAGCUCCCUACACUGUUAGAAAAUCAGAUGAAGGAAACUGCCACGUUUUGCCUGGGGAACACAUUGAAUAGUUUUCUUUGGACCAGAAAACAGAACCAGGAACAAGGGAUGUAAGUUUGGAGGCAGCAUGCAUAAUGGUUAACCAAUACAUGUGCCUUAUUUUUCUAUGAAAUUCAAUGUUUGUUUACUGCCUUCUUGACCUUGGGUAAAGAAUAGCCAGUAUUAUUUUUUUUUAUAAACGCUAAACUUCCAUCUUAGACUUGAUACUGUGUAUUGAAUUGAAAAAUGGUAAGGGUUAGUAGGCAAUGGAGGUUAAGUGAAUUGCCCAGGGUUACACAGCUGGUGCCUGAGGCCACAUUUAAACCCAAGGCCUGGUCUUAAGGGCUGGCUCUCAAUCCAGUGAGUCACCUAGCUGCCCUCUAGCAUUUAUUCAUGUAACACUUCUAUGUCACUCAGUCCUCACAACACUGUGACUAGCAUUAUCCUCAUCUGCAAGCUUAUGAGUUAUUCAAGGUCAUACACAGCCAAGUGUCUGGGGUAGGAUUUUAACUCAAGUGCAGCACCCAAAUUCUCUGUGCCAGCUGGUGGCCUAACCAAAUCACUAACUCUGUGGGCCUUGGUUUCACCAUCUUUAAAAUAGAAAGGGUUUAAUCAGAUGUCUUCUGAGGUCCCUUCUAGCUCCAGUGAUAAUGGCAAUCAGGCAUCUGAUUCUGAAGAAUUCACUCCUCCCAACUCUGGCUUCCUGCUUCCCUCAGAACUACCCUGAAUAUCAUAUAGUAAAACCAAUCAUUAGGUUUAUGAGAGUGCUUCUACUACUUUUCUCUCCAGGCCCCCAUUGGGGUUCAUAAACUCCCUCCACCAACACCAACGAAAGGCUGACCACUGGGCUUUAGGACCAUGUCCUUCAGAUCACUAGGCACUGUUAGCAGUAUCCACAGCAAAUCCAGGAGUAUAUGGGUCUCAGAUUGACUAGGAAGUGGACAGGAGUGGGCCAUGAGGCUUCUGGUUGUAAACCUUAAAAUUUCUUAGACUUAUAAAUGUUGGAAAUUUCACCAUUGGGAAAUUUCAUACUUGAAAAAUUUCCUAUUGAUAGUGGGUCUUGGCUAUUGGAAUGUGAACCCCAUUGGCAUGGGAGGUUCCUCCUCCUCCCUUCUUAAGAUUACUUUAGGACAGAAACCUUUUGCUGAACAAUGGAAAGGACUCUGACCUAUGCUUAAGCAUAGAACAGGAAGUUCUUUGAGUCAUGAUUGAUUUUAGAGUUGAUACAAUAGAGAUACUUGGAAUGACAGAAUCAGGUCUUGGAAAAUACAAUUUCCACCCUACUCAGUCCUAACAGGAUUUAGGAAGGGCUGCAGCAUAGAUCAAGAUUUAAUUAUUUGAGAAUAUGACCUUCAACAGACAUGUGCAAAGCCACAGACCUCUGGGCAGUCCUGGGUUAAGCUAGAGCCACCAUUGGCACAGGGAAAAUGAUGGACAGUGAUUGGUAGAUGUGAGAACUGAGGGGAGGGAACUUGGAUGGUUCCCUUAAAGAUAGAGGGGGUCUGAGGACUGAAGUGUGGUUGGAGAGUUUUGGCUCUGAGUGGUUGGAGAGGUGCUCUGAAGGAAGCUGGAGGUGGAGGCCCCUGAGACUGUUUCUCCAUUUUGGUCACGUGAGUAAUAGGGACUGAUCUCCUUUCUUUGCCCCAGCUAUCUAAGGGCUUGGGCCUUUUGGCCCAGCCUAAACAGAGGGGGUAUUUAAGCCCUAUUCCCUUCUCUCCCCUUUCUCUCUCUCUCUCUCUCAUUCCUUUCUUCCUCCUGUUUGUAAUUAAACUCUAUAAAAGACUGACGGCUGACUUGAGUUUUCAUUUAGGAAUUACAUAGCUGAAUUCCUUGGCGACCUUAAAUUAAUAUAUAUCAGUCUUUUAAAGUGAUUUCCUUGUCACAUGGUUCACAACUGACCCUAGGAAUCCUUUGAAGAAACCUCAGACUACCUCAAGUCCCACUACCAAAUUCCUAACAAGAUUAUCUAGCCUUUGCUUAGAAGAUAUCUUCAGGGAGAACUCAUCCAAAUUACUCUAAGCUCUGAGAAUUUGAGUUUUUUUCCUAUAGGGUUAUAAAUCCUGAGUCUGCCUCUAUUAACAUGAUGGACCAGUUUACUGUUUUUCAGGCUUUGGAGUUCAAACGGCAAUGGUGCUGGGAGUGACUAUAAACAUGGUAGGACUGUAGAACAAUGAAAAUGAUCAUUAACACUUAUCUAGGGCUUCAUAUUUUACUAAGAACCAUUUGGCUAGUCUGUCAUGUAGUAGGUGGGUAGAUUUAAAAAUUAACAUUAAGGUAAAAUAAAACAAGUCAAGAUGUUUAACUGGGAGCUGCCUUGAGAAAGUUGCCCAAGCACAGGCUGAAUGGGACCUUAUGUUAAGAAACUCUCAAAAGGGAUUAAUUUCAGAAAAGGUGUUACACUAUGGUCUCUCAGGCCUUUCAAAUUCAGAUUCUAGGAUUAAUUGGAUCUAGAACUAUUAAACUGCCAUUUAAAUAUUCUAAAAAUGGGAAGCUUUUGCUACCUCUUCCCAAAAUAGUAGGUGAAGAACACAGAGAAGGGGAUUGAUUUCUAUAAGAGAGGAGUGAUAGAUCCUGGGACCAAAAUCCCUUUUCCCUUUCCCCCAAUCCCUACCAAGACUAAAACCCCUCCUUUCCUUCCUAACGCCAGAAUCUGCUUGAGCCUGGAACAAGAAUUGCCACAACAGAAAAAUCUGGUAGAACAUUAGGAUUUCCCUGUCAGGCCUAGACAAACCUAUACCUCCCGUAUAACUGGCCAUAAGGCCUCAGAACUUACCACCCUCAGAGACCAGGACUCCCUACCCCUUCAGGGCCAGCCAACAAGCUUCACAUAAGUACCCCAACUUUGCCCAAUAGAAACAAUCCAAGUUACCUCAUCCCAGACCACCAUCCUAUAAGAUUGCCCCCUUCAUCCAGGUGGAGACCUCUAACCAUUUGCUGCCUGCCCCCCCCCCUUUGCUCUCCCUAACCCCC